AUGCAGUUCACGCUAAAAGCCCUCCUUUUCAUCUCAUCCUCUGCCACGGGCGUCCUCUGUGACUUCCUGGGCCCAACCUAUCCAGCUCCCACGGAUCUUGCGAGUAAUGGCAGCCAUGUCGCCACUGCUUGGAAGAAUCUCAGUUCGACUCUCAAUGGGUUCAUCAGCGAACGAGGCACCAAUCUGACGGGCCCUUCUGGGUUGAAAAACCUCACGUUUUCUCUGGGGAUGUUCUCGAUCCAUGAUGCCUCCGCUGCCGGGUCAUUGCAGUUCCAUCACACAUCGCUCGAGAUUGCCAACUCGUCCACUGGUGUGAAGAAAGUAGACGGAAACAGCAUAUACCGUGUCGCUAGCAUGACCAAACUGUUCACAACCUUUGCGGGCAUGCUGAACAUGAACGAUAGUGAUUGGGAUCGUCCUAUCACCGACUUUGUCCCAACUCUUGCCACCUAUGCGGCCGCAAAUCCGGCGCAGAAUGAUCUGGUGGACACAGUCGACUGGACCAAAGUCACACUUGCUGCCCUCGCGAGCCAGAUAGCAGGCAAUCCGAGAGACAUCUCACCCUACGACCCGAGUGACUACCUUUUGUUGCUAGCUGGUAGCAAUGAGCUGGUGAAUACGUUCGGGUUGCCACCUCUAAAUCUGAGCGAUCCAUUGGCGGUCCCUCCUUGUUUGGUCUCUGCGCUCUCAGGCAAUCUGUCCUGUCCCAGCAACGAAUACGCCAUUGGCGCCGAAGCUCGACCGCCGCUGUUCCUGCCCUGGACAAGUCCAGCAUAUACAGACUACGGGUUUAUGUUGCUUGGCACCGCGAUAGCCAACAUCACCGGCACCUCCAUUCACGAUGUCUACCAGCAAAGUAUCUUCAGCCCACUAAAAAUGAAUGCUUCGUUCUCCAACGUCCCGAGUGCAUCUGAAUACAACCGAUACGUUAUUCCUGGCAACGUCAGCUCCGCAGCAUUGACACCAGCCGGCGCACCCGAGGUGACUAUCCCCUCAGGGGGCAUUUUCUCCACGACGAACGACCUUUCGAAAUUCGGUACUGCCCUUCUCAACGGGACUCUCCUUGACCCUGAUCAGACACGCAAAUGGAUGAAGCCCGUCUCGCACACUGCCCUGUUCGAAUACUCGUUGGGAAGACCAUGGGAGAUAUACCGUUACACGCACCCCGACUCCGGACUUGUUACCGACAUCUACACGAAACUGGGCGAUUCUGGCUAUUACGGCGGCUAUAUUGUCCUCAUCCCAGAUUUCGAUGCAGGGUUUAGCAUUAUCGGAGCGAGUUCUCUGUCAGAGCGAUCUCUAGUGACUGCUUUACUCGCGGACAUCGUCAUUGACACGAUGCUGCCCGCGUUGACUGCUCAGGCGCAAGCUGAGGCGAGGAACGCCUUUGUGGGCACGUAUAGGUCAGAAGACGAGAAUCUCAACAGCACAUUGACCUUGACGAUCAAUCCACAAGGGAAACCCGGCUUGGUGAUCAGCCAUUUUGUCAGCAACGGCACAGACGUCCUGCAGAGUGGCCUGAUUGGCAACAGUCCAGUGAGGCUCUUGCACUCGAUAUCCGAUCGUGCCCAUGGACGAGUGGCUUUCAGGACCUCUUCGUUUCGGGCUCCUGCGGGCGGACUAUUUUCUCAACAAUAUAAUGCCAAUCUUGACUGGCUGGCCGGCGAUUCGCCUACAUACGGCGGCAUUGGUAUCGGCCUUUUUGUGUUUGAUCUGGAUGCCGAUGGCAAUGCGGUGGCUGUCAGCCCAGCGGCGUGGAGGGUGCGGCUCGUGAAGACUUCCUGA